GUCUCCCCUCGCCGUCGUCCUUCGUCCUUUUUAAGGCGGACGGCGUUCCUGCAAAGGAGGGGGAAAUGCCCAGGGCGUGUGGGGAUCCUGCCGGCCAGCAGGCCCCGGAGAGGGCUCCUCAGCGCUCCGCCCACCGCUGCCACCUCGCGAGCCCGGUGCGGCCGGGUCGGCGGGGGAUCGGCUGAGCCCAGACGCCGCCACACGCCCAUGGACGUGAAGUCGGGCCUGAAGUCCCAGUGCACUGAAGGUUUCUCUCCUUUUGGGGCAAAAAAAAAUUGAGGUUAUUUGGAGGAGGCUUCAAGGGACCUGCUGAUUUGCAUGGCCGCCGUUUAAAAAAUGCAGAACCUCUCUCCCUGCUUAGAAUGCGAUCACUGGUUGGCAGGCCACACCGAAUUCGGGGUCCCGAACCUUCCUUCGGCGGGUUCUCUGCGCUCAGUGUCAGAUCCCUGAACCCAGGUUCGCCGUGUUUCAGUGUUUUGGCCCCCACCCACCCCCCAGAGUCAGUAUCAGAAAUAGACCCGAGGCCUGUGGCUCCUUCCUGUGUCCUGUUUCACCCAAGUUACCACCCCGUUGACGAGGCAUUGUGGGGUUCAUGCACAUGUGGAAUGCGUUCUUGGGGUUUGCCAGGCAGGAGAGGGAGAGGGGCGCCGUCUAGAGUGAGAGGCCGAAGAGACCGGGAGCAGUGAGCACCAUGGAGGGGUCUCGUCGAAGGGAGGCCUGGAGAGAAGGGGCCGGUGGCGUAGGCCGGGUUCGGUUGCGACUACACGUUACACUCCAUGCAGCAGGCUAAGUUUUUCAGCAGAAACGUUGUUUGACCAGACGGGUGCUUUCUGACGGAGCGGUGGUGGUAGCCCGGAGGAUGGGUUGGAGGUCGGGAGGGAGUGGAGACGAACAGGGUUGGACAACGCCUACAGCAGGUGCAGCUCUAGCCGGGUGGGCUCAGUGGGUGGAGCGUCGGCCUGCGGACCGAAGGGUCCCGGGUUCGAUUCCCCUUGUCGGGGCAUGCGGGAGGCAACCGAUCGAUGUGUCUCUCACUUGGAUGUUUCUCUCUCUCUUUCCACUCUUUCGAAAAAUCAAUGGGAAAAUAUCCUCCGGUGAGGAUUAAAAAAAAUAAAUAAAAAAGCAGGUAGAGCCAGUACUUUGAGGGCCUUUAAGGCAGCAGCUGGCAGCCUGGACUGGGAGUCGGGAUUCAAAGGCAGCUAUGGGAACAGUUUUACAACCGGCACCCACCCAGCUUCUCAGAUGGCUUUGGUUUUGACAUAAGCCCUUUGUAUUUCCCAUCAUGCUCUUGGUUUUGCAAAUUGUGUGAGAAGUGUUGCUUUCUCUUCUCAAGAAAGAAGAUCCCAUUCUUGCAAGAAAUUACUGACCCAUUGACCCACAGAUUGAGGGGCACAUAUGUCUCCCCCAUGUAGAUCCCGGCAUCAUUAGAUUUUUAGAUUUCUAUUGCGUUCGUAGCAUCUAAGUCAGAGGAUUCUUUGACAAACAUUUCAGAAUUGUAGAACAUUUAGUAUUUGUGAAUGUAGUAAAUGCAUAUGUUUGUAUAAUAAAUGAGCACGUUAGCCCCGCUAACUAUUAACAGAGAUGAGUCACUUCCUACGGUUGAAACCGGGAUGGAAAGUACAUAAAUGCACCCUUGCCUUGUUUCUUGUAACCGGUUCCUUUAGUACAGAACUUGCUAAGGUCAUCAAGCCUAUCGAUCGGAGGUCCGUCCAUCAGAUUUGUUCUGGGCAAGUCGUCCUGAGUCUAAGUUCUGCCGUGAAGGAGUUGGUGGAAAAUAGCGUGGAUGCCGGUGCCACUAAUAUUGAUCUAAGGCUUAAAGAGUAUGGGGUGGAUCUCAUUGAAGUUUCAGACAAUGGAUGUGGGGUAGAAGAAGAAAACUUUGAAGGCUUAACUCUGAAACAUCACACUUCUAAGAUUCAAGAGUUUGCUGACCUAACUCAGGUUGAAACUUUUGGCUUUCGGGGGGAAGCUCUGAGCUCACUUUGUGCACUGAGUGACGUCACCAUUUCUACCUGCCACUCGUCUGCGAAGGUUGGGACUCGACUGGUGUUUGAUCACAAUGGGAAAAUUACCCAGAAAACCCCAUUCCCACGGCCCAGAGGGACGACAGUCAGUGUCCAGCAGCUGUUUUACACGCUGCCUGUGCGCCAUAAGGAGUUUCAAAGGAAUAUUAAAAAGGAAUUUGCCAAAAUGGUCCAUGUCCUCCACGCGUACUGUAUCAUUUCCUCGGGCGUCCGUGUAAGUUGCACCAACCAGGUGGGACAAGGAAAACGACAGCCUGUGGUGGGCACAAGCGGAAGCUCCAGCAUAAGGGACAAUAUUGGAUCUGUAUUUGGACAGAAACAGUUGCAGAGCCUCAUUCCUUUUGUGCAGCUGCCCCCUAGUGACAGCGUCUGUGAAGAGUUCGGGCUCAGCUGCUCAGAUGCUCUGCAGAAUCAGUUUUGUAUCUCGGGUUUCAUCUCUCACUGUACUCAUGGUGUUGGACGGAGUUCAACGGACAGACAAUUCUUUUUUAUCAAUUGGCGGCCAUGUGACCCAGCAAAGGUUUCCAGACUGGUGAACGAGGUCUAUCACAUGUAUAAUCGACAUCAGUACCCAUUUGUUGUUCUUAAUAUUUCUGUUGAUUCAGGAUGUGUUGAUAUCAAUGUUACUCCAGAUAAAAGGCAAAUUUUCCUACAAGACGAGAAGCUUCUGUUGGCAGUUUUAAAGACAUCUUUGAUAGGAAUGUUCGAUAGUGAUGUCAGCAAACUGAACAUCAGUCAGCAGCCGCUGCUGGAUAUUGAAGGCCACUCACUGAAACCGCACUGGGCAGAGACGGAAAAGCCUCUGCCCGAGAAGCAGGGGAGUCCCGCCUCGCUAGGGACGCCAGGAGAAGAGAGAAGGGCGGUGACCAUUUCCAGGCUGCGCGAGGCCUUUUCUCUUCGUCACUCAGCAGAGAACAGGCCUCAGAACAGGCAGGUUUCUCCGAGACAGAAGAGAAGCGUGCCGUCUUCCAGGCCUUCAGACGCCCUCUGCCCCCAGACGCCCUGCUCAGGCGCAGGCUGGUCCGGCCCUCCAGGAGGGGGGAUGAGUCCGGAAGAGGACAGAGUGGAGGCGGAAAGGGACACAGGGCAUGGCAGUACCUCCGCAGGCUCAGAGGAGGGGUCCAGCACCCUGGACAUGGGCAGUCACUCCAGCAGUGACCGAGCAGCCAGCUCCCCGGAAGACAGGUCUUCACAAGAAAAGAUGGAGUCGUGCGAGAAGUUGCCUGAAACUGGGCGUCGUUUUUCAGACAUGGAAUGCCAUUUAGACCCAGAAGACAGUGCAUGUAAAUUUAGAAUGUGGCCUCAGCCAACUAAUCUCUCAAACACCAAGCGUUUAAAAAAAGAAGGAAUUCCCUUAAGUUCUGACAUCCCUCAGAAAUCGGUUAAUACACAAAACAUGCCAGUGUCUCAGGUUGACGUCGCUGUUAAAAUUAACAAGAAGAUCGUGCCCCUGGACUUUUCCCUGAGUUCUUUAACUACACGCGUGAAGCAGUUACAUCACCAAGCGCAGCGCAGAGGCGAGCAGAACUACAGGAGGUUCCGGGCAAAGAUUUGUCCUGGAGAAAAUCAAGCAGCAGAAGAGGAACUAAGGAAGGAGAUAAGUAAAACAAUGUUUGCAGAGAUGGAAGUCAUCGGUCAGUUUAACUUGGGGUUUAUUAUCACCAAACUGGACGCGGACCUCUUCAUCGUGGACCAGCACGCCACGGAUGAGAAGUACAACUUCGAGAUGCUCCAGCAGCACACCACGCUGCAGGGCCAGAGGCUGAUCAGACCCCAGACUCUCAACUUAACUGCUGUCAAUGAAGCCGUCCUGAUAGAAAAUCUGGAAAUCUUCAGGAAGAAUGGUUUUGAUUUUGUUAUCGAUGAAAGCGCUCCCAUCACCGAAAGGGCUAAGUUGGUUUCCUUGCCAACCAGUAAAAACUGGACCUUCGGACCCCAGGACAUCGAUGAGCUGAUCUUCAUGCUGAGUGACAGCCCUGGGGUCAUGUGCCGGCCUUCCCGCGUCAGGCAGAUGUUCGCCUCCAGGGCCUGUCGCAAGUCUGUGAUGAUCGGAACUGCUCUUAACACAAGUGAGAUGAAGAAACUCAUCGCCCAUAUGGGUGAGAUGGACCAUCCCUGGAACUGUCCCCACGGCAGGCCGACCAUGAGACACAUCGCCAAUCUGGAUGUCAUUUCUCAAAAUUGACCUUGUUUUAUAGACUGGACUUUUCUGUUUUGUAAGGCAGGGUUUAACCAUUUUGUUUCAAAAUUAGCCUACUUAAAAAAGACAAACACAUAGCAGCGCCAUUUAGAAAUGAUGUUGAGAGCCUUUUGCACCAGGUGGAGUAUUGCUGCAGUGUUUUUUGUUCUGAAUUUAUGUGUGUGUGUGUGUGUGUGUGUGUGUACAGGCAAGAGCACGUUUUUUCUAAAAUGGGAAGAGCACUUUGGAAGCCAUCCAGGCCUCUGCUCUGGCCCAGCAUAUUUUAGGCUGCAGCGCUAAGCCUAAUGAUGAUUAAGUCGGCAAUGGUUUAAUUUCAUAAAUUUAAAAUUAUGAUCCUCUUGGCUCACUAGUUCUCAACCCUGAUGUACAUACUUUUUUUU